AUGGGAUCCUUGAGAACCUUUAUUAAGGAUGUUCGUGGGGCUAAAACAUUAGCAGAAGAGCGAUCGAUUGUUACGAAAGAAUCGGCGAGAAUUCGGACAAAGCUGAAGGAUGACCAUUUACCACAAGAUAAGAGACGGAAGAACAUUCACAAGCUAUUAUACUUGCACAUCCUGGGUGAGAAAACGCACUUUGCUCAAGUCGAAUGCAUAAAUUUGAUUGCUUCUGACGAUUUCCGCGAUAAAAGAAUCGGGUAUUUGGCAGCCGUAAUUUUGCUUGAUGAAAACCAAGAAAUUCUAACACUGCUAACCAACUUGCUGAACAGCGAUUUGAAUCACCCUAAUCGCUACGUGGUUUCGUUAGCACUAUCUGCACUGGGUUCGCUAACCUCUCCCGAAUUGGCACGCGAUCUUUACACAGACGUGGAAUCCAUUCUUGCACGGUCUACUGACGAGUUCUUGGUGAAGAAAGCACUUCAGUGUGCUGCUAAAAUAGUUCAACGGGAUGCUGCUCUACUUGAGAUUUUCUAUCCAUACAUAGAAUCGAUCUUAAAGUCGCAUCACCUAAGCAGUCACGGUGUUCGAUUAGGUGUUGCUAAGUUGUGUCAAGCGGCGAUCUUGAGUCGCUCACAGUACGAGUACGACAACUAUCCCGAAAUUUUGCAGUCAUUAGUACUCAACAUCCCUGAGUUUUACUCUCUUCUACAAGACAUGAAUGCGACGAACUUCAACCCUGAAUAUAACGUCAAUGGCACUUGCGAUCCCUUUUUGCAAGUCGAGCUAUUGUACACAUUGCGCUUGCUGUUUGAGCUAGCACCCCAAGAAACGGAACGUUAUAAGGACAAGUUGAAUGAUUUGCUUACCCAGAUCGCCACAAAUUCCGAUGGUACCAAAAAUUCUGCACACGCGGUUUUGUACGAAUGUGUGCGUACAAUUUUUGCAUUGCAACUUGAACAGUCACUUAAAGUGCUCGGUGUUAAUGUCUUGGCUAAAUUUCUGUCUGGCAAAGAUAAUAACACUAAAUACGUGGCUUUGAAUACUCUAUUGCUGGUUGUUCCACAGGAACCUCAUGCUGUCCAGAAGCAUCGUAAAUUCGUUUCCAGGUGCUUGUUCGAUCCUGAUGUAUCAAUCAGAACAAGAGCUGUAGAGCUGACAUUUGCGAUCCUCGACAGUUCAAAUAUGAAGGAGCUCAUUGGAGAACUAUCUUCGUUUCUAAAAGCCUCAGGCGAGCAAGACAAAGAUCUGAUAGUUUUUGUUGUCGAUCACCUCAUUGAGCUAUUCGAAUUGCAUGCCGUUGGCCAUGAUAAUUGGGCUAUCGAUGUUAUGGUAGACCUCUUGAAGGUAGUCGGCCAGCACAUUGCGCUAGAAAAGGUAAGCGAGAUUAUGAUGAUGAUUAACAACCUACGAGAUUUGGACCAUAAGUCAAAGUUGAUCAAGCAGGUUUUGCAAAUAUCUCUUGGCAAAAGUGAUGGCGGUGUGAGCGGAGACAAUUUGGGAUGGAAGUUGGUAAGUGUAUGGUGCAUUGGUGAAUACGGAGAUAUACUAUUACAGAAUAGUUACUUUCUCGAUACAGAACUAACAGGGUAUUUGACUUUACUCAAUGGGCUUUACUCUCAUAAUGUCAAAAUCAUCAGCUACAUCUUGACAGCAGCCUUAAAGCUGUCGGCGAAGAUUCAGAAUCCGGCUUGCAAUGAAGAUUUGCGCCAAAUUAUAAAGGGACAUAUGAAAGAUACUAAUUUGAUACUCCAAGCUAAGAGUUCUCAAUAUUCUAUUAUUUUCAACCAACCGGCAAAGCAAAAGCAAGAUGUUCUGGGUGCAAUGCCAUUCUUUGAGAGAAAGAAUAAGAACGGAAACUCCAAGUCUGAUUCAAAGCCAGAUACUAAAAUUCAAGAGCCCAAUCUUUUAUUAGAUUUAUUAGAAAGUACACCAGCGUCUAACGGUCAAACAAAGAAUGACUCCCAGACGCUUGCAAGUAUAUUUGGAGAUCAACCAUCUAAUAACACCGCCAAUGUAGCAACCGAAGAGACUUCUCACGUCACAAUUCCCAUCCCAAGCGAUGCUGUCCAUGCAUACAAUUCCAGCGAUAUGGAUGUUUCCAUCAAGGUUGACUCAGUCGCUCCCUCGGAAGCCAAGCUGGACUUAUAUGUUAAGGCUCAUGCACCAAUCAAGAAUUUACAAGUCUUGGCAGCGGUGUCAAAGACUCAGAAGCUAGUCAUGGGAACCCUGUCAAACCACUCAAUUGCAGCAGGUCAGGUGAGUCGACAGGAAUUAAAGGUUACAGGAAGCGGGAAACUUAAGUUUAGGAUCAAGCUGGUGCACGAAUCUCCCACUGGCACUCAGAUAGAACAAUUUGAUCACAAGCUUGAUCAAAGUUUGUAA